AUGGCUUGGCUCCUGGACCAACGACAAGCCGGACCAGUCACUCUAUGGAACCUCCAUUCAUUGAAUAAUGGUGCAAGCAUAGAAAGAAUCUCUCCUCUGGAUGAAAGCGAUUCAGAUAUCGAGAUUAUUCCACCUAGCGAUUUCCGGGAGAAUGGAAGACAUAGAUCUGCUUCUAAUAACGUGGCGAUACCUUCCCAUGCCAAUUCUGCGGAUACUUUUACUGGAGGCAUGGUUCCAGCCGCAGAAAUCGACACUCUGGACGGAACUGAUUCAGAUAUUGAGAUAAUUUCACCUAGCGAAUUCCGGGAAAAUAAAAGACGGCGAUCCAGUCCUAACAAGACUGCUUACACCAACCCUGCGAGUAUUUCUCCUGGAGGCAUAAUUCCAGUCGUGGAAGGCAACAAUUUUCUAGACGGAAGCGAUUCAGACAUUGAGAUUAUUCCACCUAGCGAAUUCCGGGAAAACGGAAGACGGCUACCUGCUUCUAACAAUCCGGCCAUAACUUCUCAUGCCAACCCUGUGGAUCUGUCUGCUGGCGCCCAAGGACCGGAGAUUGACGACCUCAACGCAGAACUCAAGUUCCAAAUUGUCUUUUUGAGCUCCCUCGACGACUCUUCCAUAGAUCGAGCCGAGAUAGAGCGCAAGAUUCAUGUCAACGUAGCAGAUCUGCAGGACAGAGUGAGGAGACUGGGUGGAAAGCCUUAUACCAUUCCGCCAGAGGUCUCUGCUCCUGCCUCGAGUUUUUCGUGUCCACAUUGCACACAGCGCCGCAAUACACGAGCUCUCAUCAAGUACGUAUACAUCUCAAGAAUACUAACUAAGCUGUUAUGUAAACUGACAUUGUCUUAGUCGACAUAUCAACACCCAUGAGAAGCCAUAUGAAUGCCCCAAAUGUCACAAAACCCGUGCCACUCAGCGAGAUCUCGAUCGCCACUUGGACAUACAUGGCAGGAUUCAUCGAUAUUUCUGUCCAGUCGAAGGAUGUUCUUCGAGUGUACACGGCUCCAAGGGAGGCUUUUCGAGGCGAUUGGAUAAUGCGAAAAGACAUCUGAAGUCCCAUGCUAAUAAAAUUAGAGAGAAGGAAUUACGUGUUUUACGAGAGGAUGAUAGUGGAAGGCUAGUGGAAGUUUGA